CACUUCUUCAGCUCAGCAGCGACCAGCUCUUCUCUCCAGAAGCAACUAUGGCCAGCAAAGAUGCCACAAGUGAACCAACCAGGUACAAUAAUGAGGAGAUCAGAAUUGUGAUGGUGGGGAAGACUGGAGCUGGGAAGAGCGCCACAGGAAACACCAUUAUGGGAAAAGACGUCUUUGAAUCAAAGUUCUCCUUUGAAUCUUUGACCAAACAGUGUGCUAAGGCCUCUGGUGAGGUGGAUGGACAAAAGGUUGCUGUCAUCGACACUCCAGGUGUGUUUGACACCGACACUGAUGAACAGACAACCACUAAACAUCUUGCCCAGUGCAUUACUUAUGCUUCUCCUGGACCUCACAUCUUCCUGAUCAUCAUCAGACUGGGCAGAUUCACAGACGAAGAGCAGGACUCAGUUGAGAAGAUUGAGGAAAUCUUCGGAAAAGAUUCACACAAAUACAGCAUGGUUCUCUUUACCUAUGGUGACCUGCUCGAAGGGCAACCUAUUGAGAAGUUCUUGUCAGAAUGCGAGGAGCUUCAGGAACUUGUGAACAAAUGUAACGGUCAGUACCACGUCUUCAAUAAUGAGCUGGAAGAUCGUUCUCAGGUCAGAGAGCUGCUGGACAAGAUCAGAAAUAUAACAAAGAAGAACGGAGGAAGCCAUUACACCAAUGAAAUGUUCCAAGCAGCAGAGAAGGCGAUUGAAGAGGAGAAACAACGAAUCCUGAAAGAGAAAGAAGAGGAAAUGCGCAAAGAGAGGGAGGAACUGGAGAAGGAAAUAAAGGAAAAGUACGAGAAAGAAAUGAAGGAAGUGAUGGACGACAUGAAGAGGCAGAAUUAGUUGAGGGCACAGCGUGAAAGAGAGAUGCAGGAGAAAGGGAGAGAAAUGAAAGAAAUGCAGGAAAGAACGGCUAGAAUUGAAGCUGAGAGGAGUCCUUUCAUAAUUAAAUUUGUAAAAAAAAUAAUCGAUGGCAUUAAAUACAUUACUGGGUCUUAACAAGACCAUUUUCUGACUUUCUAAUGCAAACUGUUCUCUCUCACUGUAUACGUAUAUUCAAAGACCCUGUUUUGAGUAAAUAGUUAAUUAACUAUAGUGGCUAUAAUUCACUUUAAGUAUAAUAAUAAAGGUAGUUUCUGCUUUCUCAUUUCUCAAGUCGAUUUUAGUACAGUGCCUUGCUCAAAAGUACGAGAAACAAGAAACAAAUUAAAGAUAAAAUGAAGAGACAGAAUGAGUUGAGGGCACAGCGUGAACGAGAAACUGAGGAGAAAAUGAGAGAAAUUAAACAAAAGCAGGAAAGACAGGCUAGAGAGGAAGCUGAGAGGAGACCUUCAAUAAUUGAAGUGAUAUGUGAAAUUUUAUGUGAUGUAGUCGAUACAGUCGUAGAGUUUUUCAAUCAUUUAACCGAUUCCUGACCUCUCUGUGAAUAGGAAAAGGAUUAACAAGGUCUUGAAAAAGCCUUUUAAUUUCUCCAAUGCAAACUGUUAUGUCCCACUGCAUGUAUAAAAAUACCUUUUCAAAAGAACUGGUGUGUGACUGUGUAUGGGGUGUACAUUUAUUGCUGUUAUUGUAUUACUUAAUGAAUAACUGAUUCGAUUUCAAUGUUUGAUAUUCAUCUUCCAAAACACCUGCCAUUUUAGGAGCUUGUUAUUGGUAAUGUCCUUUU